AUGGUCAGAUUGUCCACGCUUCUGAAAGCUGAACAGGACAGACUUAGCAACAGAGUCAAAGCACUACAGAUUGACAUUAAGCUGCAGGUCAGUGGAAAGUUUCAAAAUGGCAAACCAAAGACUUUAUCAAAGAAGCCAGAUAAGCCUGAGAAAGGAAUAGCUGCUGAUAGUGAAGAGGUUUUUGAUUACACCGGGCAAUCCAAAUUUGUCCUAAAGAACCUUCGGUAUUACUCAGUUCAUCCAAAUUUGGCCCGGUACUAUGAACCUUUGAAAUCCACUGUACUACAGAAAUUCCUGGAUCAAAACAGGAAAACCACCAGCUUCAUGUUAAAAGUAACCGAGUUUGAUCAGGAUUUGACCUUACUGAUUAUGACCAAUAACCCACCUCCCUACUCAAUCAACCAGCAGGAAAAGGAUGGCACUCCAAAAUACUUUUCCCAGAAGUUACUGCUCGAGGAAAUUCAUCAAAAUCAAAAACCCAGUGAGAACUUCUUCCUGCCCCUGAUGUCUCAGAAAAAAAAGUUAAGAUCCAGACUAAAACCAAUCUUCCCUAUGAAACGGCUAGACGAUCCUACAUCCAAGCGAGAACAAUGGUUUAGGUUUUCCACUGACAAUGACUUCAAAAGUGAAGGAAAGUAUUCAAAAGUGUUUGCUUUGAAGAAACAGAAAAAAAUGUACCCUCAGCUCAAUUUUGCUCCAGUCUGUGAAAGGGAUAUGAGGAAAAAUGUUUCCAAGAAGUCUGUGAAUGAAAUGCUGACUCCCCAGAUGCUUUGGGAACCACUCACACUUUCAUCGCUGCUAGAAGAGAAGCCCACCAGAAUCGUGCCAGGGGAAAGCUCCUUCCGCAACGGAAAGGCUCAACAGUGGAUUAUCAAAAAUGCCACUGUCAUUAAGUGA